UCUCUAAUAAGGGUUUUUGUUUGUUUCUUUUCCCUUACCUUUUCAUACUUCAUCUUCUUGAAUUCCAAUUGAAGAUUUGUGUAUGGAAUUUGGGCAUAUUGAAAGGCAACAAUUGGUUGAUCCUCGACAUGUGAAUACAUAUCUACCCCGAUGGUCAAUUGGGUUGCGUCCAAACUCGAAUCUUGAUUAUCAGGUAGGCCAUUUUAACCCCCUACCCCCUCUUGAUGGGGUUUUGGGUUUUGGGGGAAACCAAGAUGGGAUUCUAAGAAUGGAGAUGGAAAGGUCAAUGUCACUCUUUCAGAUUAUGGGCGAUGAAGGUUUAGUGCCUUCGCUAGAGGAGGAAAUGAAAAGGAGAAAUGCUAUUCACAAGCUCAAAAAGAUAGUGAGGGAAUGGGUUCAGACAGUGGCUUACCAUCAUGCUCUUCCCAAAAGAUACCUCAGGUUUGCCUCUGGCACAAUAUUGACAUAUGGAUCAUAUGGUCUAGGAGUUCAUAAUUCAGAGUCUGAUAUUGAUGCAUUAUGUGUUGGACCGUGCUUUGCAACAAUAGAAGAAGACUUUUUCAUUGUUCUGCGCAACAUUCUCGCGAGCAGACCAGAAGUAUCAGAUAUCCACUGUGUCAAAGGUGCGAAGGUUCCUCUGAUGAGAUUCAAAUUUGAUGGGAUCUCUAUUGAUCUUCCAUAUGCACGGCUAAAAGUAAUAUCCAUACCUGAGGAUGUGGAUGUAUUCAAUCCAUUCUUCCUGAAGAAUAUUGAUGACAAGAGUUGGAAAAGUCUGUCUGGUGUUCGUGCAAAUAGGAGAAUUCUUCAACUUGUGCCAAAUGUAGAGAUAUUCCAGGCAGUUCUGCGUUGUGUUAAACUAUGGGCAAAGAAACGAGGAGUUUAUGGGAAUUUGCUCGGAUUCUUUGGAGGAGUUCAUCUAGCAGUGCUUUCAGCAUUCAUCUGUCAAAGGCAUCCAACAGCCAGUUUGAGUGCACUUUUUUUUAUUUUCUUCAAAACAUUUUCCUUUUGGCCUUGGCCGACUCCAGUAGUUUUACAAGAUGGAGUUGCUUGGCCAUUUAUUCCCACGGAUAAAGUUUUGUGGAUGCCAAUCCAGUUACCAUGUAGCCCAUAUCAAUUUUGUCAUUCAAACAUUGUCAGAAGUACAUUUUUCAAAAUCAAGAGUGAGUUCAUGAGAGGGCAUAUGCUGACUAAGGAUAUGUUAAGGCCAGAAUUUGAUUGGAACAUCCUGUUUGAGCCCUUUCCUUAUCCAAGAAAAUAUGAGAAAUUUGUCAAAAUUUUCCUCUCAGCUUCUGAUAAAGAUGAGCUAGGUGACUGGGUGGGUUGUGUCAAAUCACGCUUUCGCUGCCUAAUUAUCAAACUGGAGGAGUUGUUGGGGUUUUGUGACCCCAACCCAACAGAGUAUGCUGAUGUUGAUGCAUCCGAGCCCAAUGUCGUUUUUUAUUGGGGAUUGCCACCUGCUAUGACCGAUAUGAUAAAUAUAGGUCACGUGGAGGUAGAGUUCUUGAAGAGCACGAACAAUGUAUAUCAAGGCCCAACUGGGAAGCUGAAGUUAUCAAUUGUGCAAGCUGAUCAGUUACCUUAAAAGGCCCACUUUAAUAGUGAGCUCCAGAGUGCAAAGCCAUGUUGGAGGAUUGUGAGGAGCAAUCAGCGAAUAGUUCCUGCAUACUACAAAUACCAACCCAUCUGUGUCAACGGAUAUUUGACCACAAAUGCAUGUCCCGGGUACCCAAGUGGUGGGGGUUAGGCUGCUGCCGCCCCUUCUGUUGUUUUACACCUUCGUCGUUUGGUCUUCCACAGAGUGAAAAGGUUUAACACAGUUUGUAUUCGUGGUCAGUACAGAGAAGAAUGAUGAUUGUACAUUUUGAGUUGUGUUACUUGUAAAUCAUCUCAGGGUGUAAAUGCUUUUGCUCUUGAAAAACAGAUUGAAGAAAUGUACGCGUGUCCAUGAAAAAUGAGUCAUAUGGCACAUAUCUUGUUAUUUGA